AUGUACUGCAUUGCCAUCAAGAGUGAUGCGACAGGACGACCAGCCGUCAGUAGCGUCAACUGUGCAGCUGCUGUUGGCAGGGUGAAUAUCAAGUUCCACGUCGUAGCCAAGGUGGACAAGUACGCAGAGAUCGAAUACUCCAUGGUGUCGUCGCCCAUCAUUUCUAACUCUUAUAUUGAUCUGAGCAUGAAGGGUGAAUUUUACAACAUUGGUAAGCACCAGGAGCCUCCGUUCUCCCCCAAAGCCUUUUCCCUGCCGCCACAGAUCAACAGCAUGUUGUACAUCGGCAUGUCUGCCUUCACUGCCAACUCUGCAGCUUUUGUCUACAACAAAGCAGGAGCCCUGAGCCUGUAUAUCACUGAUGACAUGAUCCCAAAAGGUUCUCCUUUCCGACUCAACACCAGAACAUUUGGAAUCUUCAUUCCUCAGAUUGCUCAGAAAUUUCCAGGCCUGAUGAUGAAACUGUUGGUGAAGACAGUGAAAAAUCCCAUAGUCACUUUUGAACCCAACAAUGCGACGAUUCAGGCCACGGCCACAGUGACGGCUUACGCCAUCCAACCCAACUCCACACUUUCCCCACUUUUUGUUCUUAACUUGGACACCAGCGUCAGUGCCAAUGUGUUUGUUAGUGGAAUGAGGCUGGCCGCAUCCGUCACCCUCAAUAAGAUGGAUCUGACCCUGGGUACAAGUUCUGUAGGACAGUUUCAGGUCAGAUCUCUGGACAAAAUCCUCCAAGUGCUCCUUGAAGUCAUAGUGAUACCCCAACUGAAUGCUCAACUUAGUAAAGGCUACCCUCUUCCUGCAAUUGGAAAGAUGAAGCUUGUGAACGCCCAACUUCAAGUGCUAAAGGACUACGUGCUGAUCGGGACAGAUGUUCAGUUCACUGGUUGAACUGUAUUCCUGAGGGCUGGUGGACGUCGGACAAAUUUUGAAAGAAACAACUAAAUCCUUCUCCUACAAGAAUGAUAAUUGCACAACUCCAGCUUUGGAGAUCACAUUUGAUUUCUCAAUUUUGUUUUUGCCCCGAUAUUCUUUUCAUCACAUAAAAUGUGGAUCUCUGAUGCCCUCCAUCACAGUUACUGCAGUCUUGUCAUAAAAUUUUUUCAAGAUGCUGUUUGCUGCUGUCACCACAAUAAUCUCUUCUGAAAGAACAAGCGCCUUACAAACCAUUUCAGUGCACUUUCUGCUGCUGAUUUUAGGUAAAUUCUCCACAGUUGCCAACAUUGUGACACACAGAGUGAUUCAGACAAAGUGCUGACAUUUUUAUUGCAGUCUGGAGGAUCCCAUGAAAACUCCAGUGUCAAACAAACAUCGCUGCUUAAGACAAAACACAGCUGUGAGUAAUUUGUGUUAGUCUCUCUUUGAUUGUUCAUUAAACCCAUAAAAAAAUCAUCUGUGUAUCAAAAUGACAUCUUUGGAAGUUUAUUUCAUGAAAAAUAAAUCCUUCCUGCUUUAAAAUGA